UUUUUCUUAUCAAAGUUCGACUUUCGUUUUCAAAGUUUUUGCAAUAUUUCCUUUGAUUUGACUAUUUUCUCGAUUUUUUUUUCAGAUUUUCUUUAUUAAAUCUGAGCUUAAGCAGACGUUAUUAUCUGAAGAUUCAUCGGGUGCGAUUACAUCAUGGUUGUUUACUCCAGAAAUUUGAACGCCAACGAAGUCUUUGCCGGUUACGAUGCGCUCUCUCAGCCAGCCGAAUCGUACGGAAAUAGCGAACAAGUGGAGUAUAUGUGGGCUCGCAGUGCUUACGAACACGCCGAAAUACACUACGACUUAUUGCUAUCAGUGGACGCUAAACUCUUAAGACUCACUCCUAUCGACGAAGAAAUAUACAAACACUUCAAAGAACAAUUUCCUGAUUUCAAAUUGGACGUGAUUAGCGAAGAUUUCUUGAAAAGUCCUCAACAAAAAGAACUUUGGAGAGAAUUCUGCGAGCAGUAUAAGACCAGGAUCGAGAAUUACAAUUUCGCUACGUUGCUUCGUUUAAGAUGUGAUCAAGAUUAUAGUCCGGAUAAUACGACGUUAGCUCCCAGGAUUCAAUUUUAUGCUAUUGAAAUCGCUCGCAAUCGAGAAGGAUUAAACGACGAAAUCAGAAAGAAAAUCAAGACUGAACUUCCUCCCCAAACUCAAUCACUUAAUAAUAAUGAAAAGCAAUAAAGUAAUCGUCGUUUCGUUUAAUAUUAAUUAUGUUAUCGAUAGUUCGAGUAAAAUUUGUUGUUAUUAAUUUCCAUUUUGAAUAUAAUGUCCUUUUUUUA